CCACUUUCUAAACUAGUUUUUGAUUUGGGUAAAGUGAAGGAAAAGAAAAAAUGAACGCAACAGUAGAGUCGGCAGCUUCAUCUUCAAUACAAUGUCUCUUUCUCUUUAUCUUCUUAGUAAUAUCAUCAUUUGCAGUACCAAGUUGCAGAGCUAAAGUACCUGCAGUCAUAGUCUUUGGAGACUCAUCUGUGGAUUCUGGAAACAAUAAUCAGAUCAGAACCAUCCUGAAGAGUAAUCACAAGCCAUAUGGUCGUGAUUUCCCAGGUGGCCAACCCACUGGUCGCUUCUCCAAUGGUAGAAUCCCUCCUGACUUCAUCUCUGAAGCCAUGGGGAUCAAACCCUAUGUUCCUGCUUACUUGGAUCCAAAAUUUACUAUAAAGGAUUUCGCCACCGGAGUCUGCUUCGCUUCUGCCGGAACUGGUUAUGAUAAUUCCACCUCUAAUGUCUUGAAUGUGCUACCUCUGUGGAUGGAAAUAGUGAACUACAAGGAGUACCAGAGUAGAUUGAGGAAGUAUCUUGGGGUGAAGAAGGCGAACAAGAUACUGAGGGAAGCAUUGUACCUGAUAAGUAUAGGAACUAAUGACUUCCUAGAGAAUUACUACUUAAUUCCCGGUGGCCGGUCGAGGCAGUACCCCGUGGCUGGCCAGUAUGAGGACUUUUUGGCCGGAAUUGCAGAGAAUUUUUUGAGGGAACUGUAUAGUCUUGGAGCUAGGAAUAUAUCACUUGGUGGGUUACCUCCUAUGGGUUGUUUGCCAUUGGAGAGAACCACGAAUACGAUGGAAGGGAAUGGGUGCAUUGGGAAGUAUAAUGACGUGGCUAAGGAAUUCAAUGGAAAGCUACAAUGGUUGGCGAUCAAGUUAGGCAUGGAGCUGCCAGGGAUCAAGUUGGCAUUCUCUAACCCUUACGACCCCUUUCUUGAGAUCAUUCGGAAACCUUCUGCUUUUGGAUUUGUGAAUGCGGCGGUGGCGUGCUGUGCAACAGGAUUGUUUGAAAUGGGCUACUUAUGCGAUCAAUACAACCCCUUCACCUGUGAGGAUGCCAACAAAUACGUUUUCUGGGAUUCCUUCCACCCUAGUGAGAGAACAAAUCAACUUCUAUCCGAGAAUUUAUUGAAGACAUCACUCGCCCCGUUCUUAUGAAUACAUAUAUCAUCUCUCUCUCUCUAUAAAAUUUAAUUUAUAUGAGAUAUAUAAGCAUUUUAUUUUUAUUACGACAAAGGAUUAGGACAUUGUGUGAUGCCAUCCUGUAAUGUGUGAUACCACGGAAAUGAUAUAUAUAUAUUGUGGUUUAUUCCUCAA